AUGGACCAACCCACCAUCCCAAUCCUCACAAUUUCACUCUCCCGCCACCUUCACGGCCGCGAUAUAGACGAAGGACUCAAAGAACAAUGGUCCGAACCCAAAGUUUCCAGCACUACAGCUUCAAGGUUCACCAAUGUCGGGUUUAAUCUGAACGCUGAUGGCUCCAAUCUCGGAGGCCUCAAGACGAAACUCGAGGAGCGUGAAUGGAGUGGUAUUAUAAUUGGUUGGUGCUCACGGGGAAAUAUCGAGUUCACUGAGCUCUUCGAAUCUGUCGUGGCUGUUUGCGUGGAUUAUGCUUUACUGAGGAAGCAGGGCGAUACUUCUUUGAAGGAACCCAAGCUUAUUUUUUGUCGAGGACCUCAGGAUCUUGUCAAUGCUACACUACGAAACUUUCCCUCGGACAAUUGA